AUCGAACAAGUCCAUCUGUCACAUUUUUUCACAAGCAAUUCACUGCAACAUUUCUCUUCCUCAUAGAGUAGUCUACAUAAAAUGCAUGGACAGUUCAAGGUUUUGUGUGUUGAAGUUCAGUGUAGUGCAGCAUUAUGCUCACUACAUAUCUGUAUUUCUUUAGGAGACUGCCAUCUGGUGGAGCUUUGUAUUAUGAUUGAGAGGGCAAGUUUAAUUCACUUCACAGUCACACCAGUUUGCUUACGUCUCUAACACAGAACCAGGAAAUUACAUCAACUCUCCACUUCAAGGUAAAUGAAACUGAAGCGCCUGUCAGCUGUGUUGUGUCUCUGUGUGUGCAUGCAGUAAAAUGGCUGAAGCCACGUUUUCUCAGGAUAAAUUCAGCUGUCCAGUGUGUCUGGAUCUACUGAAGGAUCCAGUGACUAUUCCCUGUGGACACAGUUACUGUAUGAGCUGCAUUACAGACUGCUGGGACCAAGAGGAUCAGAAGAGAGUCUAUAGCUGUCCACAAUGCAGACAGACCUUCAGUCCAAGACCUGCUUUAAAUAAAAGCACCGUGCUGGCUGAAGUGGUGGAGCAACUGAAGAAGACUGAACUCCAACCAGCUGUUCCUGUAGGACCUGGAGAUGUGGAGUGUGACGUCUGUACUGGGAGAAAACAGAGAGCCGUCAAGUCCUGUCUGGUGUGUCUGAACUCUUUCUGUCAAAAUCACCUUGAACAACAUGAGAAUCUCUUCAAAGGAAAGAGACACGAUCUAAUGGAUGCCACUGGACGACUUCAGGAGAUGAUCUGCCGUAAACAUGAGAAACUGCUGGAAAUUUACUGCCGUACUGACCAGAGCUGUAUAUGUCUGCUCUGUAUGGUGGAUGAACACAGAAAUCAUGAGACGGUCUCAACUGCAGCAGAGAGGACCGAGAAACAGAGACAAUUAGAUGAGACACAGAGAAAAUUCCAGCAGCAAAUCCAGGAGCGAGAGAAGAGGCUUCGGGAGCUGAAAGAGGCUGUGGAGACUCACAAGCGCUCUGCACAGACAGCAGUGGAGAAAAGUGAGAGGAUCUUUACUGAACUCAUCCGCUCCAUUGAGAAGAGAUGCUCUGAGGUCACACAGAUGAUCAGAGAUCGAGAAAAGACUGUAGUGAGUCGAGCUGAAGGACUCAUGGAGCGGCUGGAGCAGCAGAUUGAUGUUCUGAGGAAGAGAAACGCGGAGCUGGAGCAGCUUUCAGACACACGUGAUCACAUCCAUUUCCUUCAGAGUUUUCCAUCUCUCUCUGACCCUCCUGGGUGUCCGGAUGUUCCCAGCAUAACUUUCAGUUCCUAUAAUGAUGUUGGACAAUCAGUCUCUAAGCUGAGACAAAAAAUUGAGGAUUUUUGCAGACGGGAGACUGAAAACAUAUCUGUUGCAGCAGAGAGGCCUGAGACAGAAAAUGCAGGAUUGGAUUUGGGAGAGGGACUUUAUUUUCACAGAGCACAGACAAAUCAAAGAGCAGGAGAGAGAGAGAUCCUGAAACCAAGGUUUCUGAGAAAUUUGGAGGCCGCUAGAGAAAAGUGAGAGGCACUAAAAUCACCCCAGAAUAUGACCGAAGGAAAGAGUGUUGGGCUGAAAGGAAAACAAACACAGGCACCAUGUGCAGUUUUACACUGGUGAACCCUAUUGUCUGAUUAGCACCAAAUUUUACUUUUGAAGAAAGUGCAAAAUGAAUGCGAUUGAAAGCCAGAUCAGCUUACAUUACAUGAACCUUAAAAAAAAUAAAAAUAAAUCCAAGUCUUGUCACAAAUAGGUGCUAUAAUAACUGCAUGAAGCCAAUGAAUUCAGAGAAACAGGCUUUAACAAGAUAAUCUAAUAAAGAUAAUCUGAACAACAGGGGUAACAUUCACAAGGUUAAUACGACACCAGACCAAGAACAGAACCAAACAGGGAGAAUACAUACACAGGAACCAAUGAGAUAAUUGUACAUAUGAAUGUUGCAAAUUUGCAAAAACUGGUUUUAUUACCCUGUGUGUUUGGAUUCAUUUUGAGAAAAUAUAUGCUGGUAGGAUUUAUGUCAGUAAAGUCAUUUUUGAUGAGCAUUUAGUUAGAGUAAGUCAUCCAAGAGCAGAAAGAGCAAGGGGUUCUGUGGUGAUGAGAAAAGACCACAGUGAGUCAAACUGAAGGAUUAGUGAUUGAUUAAAUGCCGGGAGUGUUCAUUAGAACGUCCACAUUAAGAUAAACCAGCUCGUAAACCUCCGGUGAAGCUCAGUUGGUGUUGUGUUGUAUCUCGGAAGAGACUCUUGAGACCCUCACAGAAACCUCUCCUGUUUCAUUUUAAUAGCAUGUUAAUGCUAUUUAUAUGCCAACCCUAAUCCCAGGAGAGUACCUGCACAUCUAAUCUUACAUUUAAACUGUUUUAAGCUAACUUAAUCUAGCUACACUGAAAAAAAAAAAAAAGAUUUUCCUAUUUUUCUCAAAGACUUACUGCCUGCCAAACCAACAUAUUUCAUUCACAUCAAGACUCCUUAAAAUAAUCAUGUUGAUUCAAGACAUUAUUUGUAGUUCCUGAUUGUCAUUACACAAAUGCAUUGUGUAGUGUUAAAGUGAUUUCAUUGAUUUCUUAAUGCUAGUCUUAAUCUAAAAUAUUAUGCAACUCUAAAGCAAUUUCAUUAUGUCUCUGGUACCAAAGUUGGGUAAACCUAACUUGCUUUAUUAAAUUCUACAUGUAUGUACUGUAGACAUGUUCAAAUGUGUGAAUAUAAAAGCAAAGUUCUAAAACUGCAUCUGGCAUUGACAAUAAAGGCAAAAAGAAAGAGUUGGUACUUUUGUAUUGAGUUAUUAACUUUACAAAUUCAUGAGCACAGUUUACAUAAAUUGAUUACAUGGAAUAAAAAACACUAAUAAACCAAUAGCAUAUUCAAACAAAAAUACUUAAUGUAUUGUCAAAUUGGAUGAAAAACAGCAAGACAUUAAUAAAGGUACUAUUAAAUGUGGUCAUUUGAUCAAAUAUUAACUAUCACAGUAGACUUAGUAAACAAAAUAGUAAACUGUUAGAACAAACAGUGCAUGCUGAAGAAAAAGAAAACACUUAAGUAAUUCAAACAUGGCACAAAGUGAAAAAGUUCUAAUAGAGUAUUAGCUUGUUACAGUUCACUGUGAAGGUUAACCAUGUAUCUUAAAGGGUUAGUUCACCCAGAAAUUAAAAUUGUCAUUAAUUACUCACCCUUCAUGUUGUUUCAAACAUGUAAGACAUUUCUUCAUCUUCAGAACAUAAGUUAAGAGCUUUCUGACCCUCCAUAGACAGCAAUGCAACUGAAAUGUUCCCAUCAGACACAGAAACAUAGUAAGGACAUCAGUUGACAUGACAUGAGGAUAAGCAAUUAAUGGCAGAAUCUAGAUUUUUUUUGCACUGAAAAAAUAUUUCUUUAAAUUCAAUUUCAAUUUACUUGAAAAAAGUUUGGAAAGUGUUUUUCACUCAGAAAAGGCUAGUUAAUUUACCAACAUUCGCCAAGGAAAAGCCUAAACACAAUUAUUAGUAGGUUUGAUUAGACAUUUUUUAAGUUAAGUUUACUUGGGAAUUCCCAGGUAAUUUUGUUGACUCUUUGUUUGUACAUUUUACAUUAUGUAAUGCUUAUCACUGUAAAAAAAUAA